CCACGAGUCGGACCUCACAAGAGCGGCGCGUUGGAGGCUCGGGAUCCCCACCCGUGAGCAUGGCGCUGUGUUAGAGUAUUAAUGAAGACCGGAGAGAGCAGACACAGACGGGAAAAACGAAUAUGCGCCCCAAAUGAACGGAUUCUAACGGACCGUGUUUCAAUCCGCCGAGACCGGAGGCAGUCAGCUGAGUUUCUCCAUGCGGUCUUCGUUUACUUCUAUAGGAUGGUGAGCUGAGCAGAUGAAAAGCACAAGUUAUUGCUGAUAGCCCGUAUUCCAGCGUCCCCCGUGGUGAACGAUGCCCGUGAUCAUGAAGCGCUGCUGCGGGAAGCUUAAGGCUCGUUUAAACGCCCUAAACAUGAACACCAGUGCCGUCGUGUGAGUUCAUUUGGAUCGUUCUAUCUGUUCAGAGAUGCGCGAGUAUAAAGUGGUGGUCCUCGGGAGCGGCGGGGUCGGUAAAUCCGCCCUCACCGUGCAGUUCGUCACCGGGACGUUUAUUGAGAAGUACGACCCGACCAUCGAGGAUUUCUACCGUAAGGAGAUCGAGGUGGACUCGUCUCCGUCGGUCCUGGAGAUCCUGGACACGGCAGGCACGGAGCAGUUCGCGUCCAUGCGGGACCUGUACAUCAAAAACGGACAGGGCUUCAUCCUGGUCUACAGUCUGGUGAACCAGCAGAGCUUUCAGGACAUCAAACCCAUGAGAGACCAGAUCAUCCGAGUCAAGAGGUAUGAGAAGGUCCCGGUGAUCCUGGUGGGGAAUAAGGUGGAUCUGGAGAGCGAGCGGGAGGUGUCUGUGAUGGAGGGCCAGGCGCUGGCGGAGGAGUGGGGCUGUCCCUUCAUCGAGACCUCCGCCAAGAGCAAGACUAUGGUGGACGAACUCUUUGCCGAGAUCGUUCGGCAGAUGGACUACGCGGCACAGCCGGAUAAAGACGACCCGUGCUGCUCGUCCUGCAAUAUACAAUGACCCACCAACACACAAACACUCACAUUACAGUAGCUUUGAUAGACCUUCUAGUGUCGACGGUUUCUCUAUCUACAGACUCUGAGGAUUAUUUUGUCACUUUAAAUUCUGACUGACUCAACCACAGGAAGAGCACUUGCCUUAGGUUUCACGUGUCCUGUCGGAGCAGGAUCCUUCAGUGGAGAUGAGUUGGACUUUUAUGUUCUUGGUCUUAUGGUAUUGAUGAUUUUAUUUGAAUUUGUCACCAGGUCAGAAAGCGAGAGAGAGAGAGUGAGGACAAGAGGGUUCUUAGCUCAUAUGCUUCUUAUAGCCAUAUGAUGAUUUAAUAAUGACUUUCUUUUUGUACAUUGAUUAAAAAUCGUCCGUUUCUCAGUCAGGUGACUUCAGCUUUGUUCCAAAACCUGGUUGGAUGCCGAGUUUAAGCCAAAGUAUUCUUCACAGUUUCGUAGUGUCGUAGAUUUCAUUAUCAGCAGUGUACAUUCGUACCUUUUCUUGCUCCCUUAAUUCCUUUGCGCUAAUUAGUUUUUCCACAUUGACCUGGCCCACUGUUAAAAAUAAAUAAAAACGAAACUACUGGAGAUGACAACAGCAAUAGAGAACAAGGAUAUUUUUACAUGUCAAAACUUCUGGAGAGAAAUAGGAAACCAUACGCUAGCCGCUAGCGAAUGGAGUAUACUUUCAGAGGCUGUGCGUUCAGCGGUACGCAAAUGUACAUAAAACUGAAGUAUACUUUGUACUUAAUGGUGUGUCCUCCUGGGAAGACAUGUUUAUGACAUCUGGAGGUUCAAUUUAAAUUUGAGGUUCAGCAAGAUGGUCUUCUCUUCAGUAACUCCUCAAGGUUUUUAAACUUUCAAAACGAAAAACAAAAAAAUGCACUCGUGCGUUCAGCUCGUAGAUACGAUCUGUCCGCCAUAACUUGAACACACCAUAAAAAUCACAAAAUUGGUCUCUUUAGAUUCGGUGCUCUGGCCAAUUUUCCCAUAUCGGCCAUUUUGAAUUUUGUCAUAAAAUCCUAAAAAUAUUUUACGAAAGCAUCGGUGUAUCGUUAUGAAAUUUGGUACGCGUCUUCGCCACCAUGCUCUGAAAGUACUCAAAGAUUUUGGGCAGCGCCACCUUGUGAACAAAACUUGAAAUGAAAUUUCCAAAAAUACCGCUGAUAUGACUUUUGAUUCAUUUAGCCUAAUGUAAAGAAAUUUAAUAAAUAAAUAAAGCUUAAAAUGUUUGUUUUUUGGGGGGUAAUGUUGAGAACAUAGAAGCCAAUUUUACCAUUUUUGAUUUUCUAUAAAAACCUACUUUUUCGAACUCCUCCUUGACCGUUUGUCUGAUUUUCAACAAAAUCGAAUCGCAUCAUCUUCAGAUCCGACUGAGGCUGUAUCACGGCAAUGCUUUGGCAUAUUGAGAACAUACUCAUGUGCGUUCAACUCGUAAAUAUGAUCUUUCCGUCAUGAUUCCCUUGCAUUACCAGAAUGCAUUGCGAAUGAGUUCUUCUGUAUGAAAAAACAAAUCAUCCAAGACAGUGAAUGAGAUUCAAAAUAUACUUUUGACUAUUUUUUUGCAAUGUGUGUUCUAUGUUUUUUUUUAUUGCACACGCAAGUAGAGCAUCAUGUUAUUAGCUUAGCAACAUGCUAAUGCCAAACACGUUUUUCAGAAAUCCUGUAUUCGAAUAUUUUGCAGAUUAUUUGUUUUUUUAAAUGAAGUUAAACAAGUUUAUCCACAUGCACAUGUCAAAGUGGCUCCUCAGUCUGAAAACAAUAAGGCCACCAAAGGUAACGAUAUGCUAAGCUAAGUUUCUUGCAUUGCUUUCUGAUCGGAAAAAGAUCUUUUCCCUUAAUGUUAAUACGAUCACUAUGAUUUUGCAUAUUUUAUUGAUCCUGGAACAACAUUCUUGUCUGACCAUUUAGUCUUAACCCUAUCCCUAAACCAAACCAUAACUUAUCCCUAAAAUCAGAGGGAAAUAGGAAAUGAAGAGCAUUGACGUAGAGUAGUUGUGAACCUAAACUUGACAUGAACUCUAAGCCUGUCCCUCAAAUCUGAUUGGUUGAUUGGAAUGUUGUUCUCUGUGAAAUCUAAAGUCUGCGUAGAGAUGUCCAAACCCGUCACUGACGAGGUUGUUUCGGUGUUUUUUGGAAUAGAGCUGUUGUCUUCCAUUCAAAGUCAGAUGUACAGAAGAUGACACAAGGAAACGCACAACUCGACUGUCAGCUUUGCUAAAUUGUAAACAAAAGCUUUUUUUUAGCAAUCAAACUGGGGAAAAACACACUAUGCUCUGCAACACUAUGUUUAUCAACAGAGAGAGUCAUUUAUCUUGUUUUAUAUGUUUUAUCACGUCUCCUCGAUGCAUUUUAUUUGCCUAAAUGUUGAAUGUUUAUGUGUGUAAAUCCUGCUGACCGCAUCGUGAGUUUCCAAACUAGAUAUCCAACUUCAAGAGACUUCCUUUCGCACUUUUCCGAGCAGGAAUGUAAACUCUCAGAGUUGAAUGGUCACCGAUUGGACGGGUCAUGCGGAUGGGGGAAAUCUGGACACACUCAACAUUUCCUAAUUUAGUGAAACUCCGUUUUCACUCCAAGAAUCACAUAUGGCACUGUAGGACACGACCCCUUUCUCAUCUAGUUGUCUUUCUGCACUCAUUCUCUCAGUCCUCUGUGGUUGAACGGCUCAUUGAUGAUGACGACGGUUAUUGGUUUACGGUGUAUGCAUUUGUACAGAGGUUGGCUCCCUCCUGGCUGGGCUAGAGUUCGAUCUCAAGGCUGAACAUGUAGAGAUUACGGAGAUGGAUGGAUGUGUGUGUGUCUGAGUGUAUGUGUUUGAAUAGAGAGCUCUGAGUCAGUAUUGAUUUUAUAUUUUUUUAAUGUGGACAUGUGCUCAACUGUUCUGAAUGGCUGAAUGGUGACACUCUUUUGUUUGUUUGUUUGGCACCUAAAUAAAGUGCGUCCUACACUCACACUCAU